CCCCGUUGAAAACCAUCAAUUUGACCGCUAAUGCGACAGCUCAAGAUCUCUACGAGCUGACGGGGCAUCAAUGGUGUCCCUAUCUCAAGGCACGGUCAUGCCUUCGGAUCAUGACAGCCCUGUAGGCCUCGAGGGUCACGGCUAUGAGCAGACCAACGAUGGAGGAACGGCACGUAGCCAGGACGCAGAUGGACUUCAGCCGAUACAGCUUGCUUGUCGACAGGCCUCAAGGAACAAAUAUGUCUGUUCAAUAUGCGGCCAGGCGUUCAUCAGAGGAGAACAUCUCCGGCGGCACGAGCAAUCUCACAGUAAAGAGAAACCGUACAAAUGUCGUAGGUGUCGUAGCAAAUUCGCUAGAAGAGAUACAAUGCUACGGCACAUCCGGAAUUUUCAUCUCGACCUCAAAGCCGCCCCCCACUCUGUGAUGGAUGUUGACGUGCCAAGCCCGAAUUCGUCGCCACUGUCUGCGAACACGGAUAUCACAGAGGCAUCUGGAUCUCAACUAGGUGGCGAGCAUUUAGACAUCGGUGCUGGGGAGGGUCUUAUGGCAGUAGGAUCCGGCUAUCCUCUAGGUCCGAGUGGAGGAAACCUGAGAUUAGGAGGCUUCUACGGCCAUGCAAAUCCUCAACAAGUAGACAAGCCAAGCAGUAUGGACGCGUCACAAGAUCUCAGAUUUUCCGAGUCAGUGGAGAACAACUACAGACCAAGCGAUGUGGAGAGCGCCAGUGUCCCUGCAAGGCCAGAUAACUUUGAGGCUCCUCAGCCAGAUGUAUCCAGCGGUGCAUAUCUACCCGAAGAGUCAUUGUGGUUCCCAGAUGGCGAGUCAAACAUCUUUGACAUCAACGAUCUAGCGACGAUGUUUUCAACCAACAUGCCACAGUCUACUCCAGGCCGACACACGCCCUUAAUAGGCUUCUUAGGCGAGCAGUCCGAGGACUUCUUCUUUACUGCGCCCCAUGCUUCCCAAUCCAUGGGUUUCUCGGAAGACGAAGAGUACCUCCAUGCUGUUAUAGCUACGACAGAUAAGACCUAUGAUGCUGCGAACUCUCCUGUUGUGACCGACUCAGAAGUGAGCACCUGUGUGGAGAUGAUUAAUUUGUUCUCAAUAUCAAAGCUGCCACUUUCAAAAAACAUGAUCAAUCGUUAUUUCAAAGCUUAUGUCCAAUAUUUCGACCCUCACACUCCAAUCGUACAUCUUGCCGCAUUUAAGAUUGACAAUGCACCAGUUUCACUCACAUUGGCGAUGCUCACUAUUGGAGCUCUUUAUGCUAGUGAACCGGACAGAGCAUCUGCUCUUUAUAGCAUGGCUAGCGAGUGUCUAGAACAGGCAGAAAGGCAAGGGGCACUACUUGAUAUCCACGAACAAGAUCCUUAUGGAGUUGUAGGCACAGUACAGAGCCGAGUGUUGCUGGCUCAAUAUGCUCUUUGUAGUAGUAAAGGUACCCUGGUCGAUGCUGGUCUCGUACAUCUUUUGAAGGCUGAGUCUAUAUUCCGGGCUGGGAUUCCCAGCGGCCAUUCUAGUGAUGAAUGGACUUCGUGGAUUUACGCCGAGUCCUUUAGAAGGGUUGAGCUGUGGACGCUGGUUCUUUGCGCUGCAUUCGGCGCUGAUGGACAAGUGCCUGUGCACCUCCCCAGUCUCGGACAUAUUCACCAUCAACUGCCUUGCUCACAACAAAUCUGGACAGAAUCGUCAAAGGACGGUUGGUUAACAGCGACUGCCAACGGGGCCAAGUCGUUACAUCCCGUGACCUUUACUUCUUCCCUCGCAAUCUUGAUACAAGGUGGCCCCCUCACCGAGGAAGUGAGUCCGUUUGGAACGCUUGUCCUUAUUGCAGGGCUCUUGGUCUAUAUCCUGACCCUCGAACGUACGACAUCACUGGACUCGAGUAAUACCAGGUCUCAUUGGGUACCAUCUGCAGAAAAGUCCUUGAAGGAGUGGGAGAAGACUUGGAAGAACCAUUCUCAAGGACCGGCGCACUCCCCAAGCGGCAAAAAUGAACAUUUACUCGCGGACUGUGUCCCGCUAUUCUUGACUGCCUGUUAUCAUACCUACGCGUCUCGCUUGCUAAAGCAUUUGAAGGCAUCACUGGAACUCAAGAUGUUGUCAGAUGCUCCUCGAUUGACACCAGAUGCUGCACCAAACGGAAACUCCAUAAGGGGAAAUAUCCUCCCGACGGUCAACGGUGCAAUAUCAUGGAAAACGUGGGAGCAACUGUUGACUCCGCAAAGCGAGAUCGAGUGGAAUGAUCUCACUCAGGCAGUCAGACUCGCUGCUGGUUAUAUAUUAGUCCGCGCCAAACAAGGAUUUCGUAAUGUCGCACGCACCGCACCACUGGAGAUGGGUUUCCAUAACGUUUUAUCUGGAUUUGAAGGAGCGCUCCUUGUAUCUUGUUGGGUAUUCGCAGCCUCAAGGGAGAGACGGUCGGAUCCAAACGCGGUAUUGUUACAUCGUAUCGUCCAAGAUGUCGUACGAGAGAUGGACGAGCAGAUGUGCCAUGAGGUGCAAGUUAAGAAGUACCCUGCAAUUGCAUCCCUUGCUGGUCUUCAGUCUAUGAUGAGUCAAGGCUGGGUAUGGUCCUUGGCCCAUAGAAGAGCAGAGCAGCUGCAACUACACGAAACUAGGAUCAUAGCGGCACUGGACCAGAGGGGGCAGACUCAAGGUUAAAUGCGACAAAAGUGUUACAGAUUAUUCUAGCUAAUACCAGCCCCUCUUUCGCCUUU